UGUGAGGCCUACAAGGCAUAUUUCGGCAUGCCUGUCGGGGAUCAAGACAAACUCUGGGCACCUCAUUUCACCUGCGAGCAAUGCAAAAAUACUCUGGAAGGAUGGUACAGAGGGGAAAAGAGAGCCAUGAAGUUCGCUAUCCCAAGAAUUUGGCGGGAACCCACUGACCACUCGAGCAACUGCUGCUUCUGCAUGGUGGACCCUUCCAAACGUCGGACUGGCAACAAUGCACCUGCUAUCAUGUAUCCAGACCUUCAUCCAUCGCCCCGGUGCCACACUGCCAUGAGCUCCCCGUACCCACUCCUCCGGAGAGAGAGCAGCCGUCUUUAGAAGAGAGCAGCAAGUCAGAGAGCGAGGAAGACAUUGUAGAUCCAGAUGACAAUUUCAGAGGUGGAGCUGAGGAGAGAAACCCAUGCUACCCCAACCAAAAAGACCUCAACGACUUGAUCAGAGAUCUUGGUCUCACCAAGUCCCAAUGCCCGGCUUUUGACGUCUCGGCUCAAGCAGUGGAACUUGUUGGAUGAAAGUGUGCAAGUCGCAGAUCAGAGGAAGCGUCACCAACCUUUUUGCAGCUUCUUCACCCGUCAAGAUGGGCUCUGCUUCUGUUCGAGGCUAUCGGAAUCGCCUGUAACCAGAAUUAGUGACUCCUCUUCAUUGACAUCUCAUCCAGGAGCCUCAAAGCCGUGCUGCUCCAUAAUGGUAACAAAUACCCGUCUCUUCCCCUGGCUCACUCGGUGCACCUCAAAGAGGAUUACAACAGCAUCAAGACCUUGCUGGACGCCUUGAAGUAUGACGAGUAUGAUGAGUAUGGUUGGGAGGUCAUCGGAGACUUCAAAAUCGUGUCAUUCCUGAUGGGUCUCCAAGGCGGUUUUACCAAGUUUCCCUGCUAUCUUUGCAUUUGGCGCAGCAGGGACACCAAGGCGCAUUACCACAGGCGGGACUGGCUGCAGCGGACCGAGUUCUCUGUGGGGAGGAACAACGUCAAGUGGGAGCCACUGGUGGACCCCGGAAGGCAGGCCAAGCCCGUCGGGGCCACCGCUCGCUCCUCGCCGGGACGCCAUGGGGGCGGCCGGAGGGCCGGCGGGCCGCCCGGAGCCUCCCGACGGCGGCUGGGGCUGGGUGGUCCUGGGCGCCGUUUUCCUCACCAUGAGCCUCUCACUGCCCGUGCCCCAGUCGCUCGGCGUGUUCUUCGCCGUUCUGCAGGACGAGUUCGACGCCUCGUCGGGCGCCACGGCCUGGGUGCCCUCGUGCAUGACGGCCACGUUGCACGCCGCCGGCCCCAUCUCGAGCGCGCUGGCCGGACGGAUCGGCUGCCGCUCGACGGUGAUGCUGGGCGGCCUGCUCACGAGCGUGGGCCUCAUCCUCGCGUCGCUCAGCGGCUCCAUCGGAUACCUCUACGCUGCCGCCAUCGUCAGCGGCCUGGGCAUUUGCCUGUGCUUCCAGCCGGCGCUCACCAUCCUGGGCCACUACUUCCUCCGCCGGCGCUCGCUGGCGAACGGCGUGGCGUCGUCGGGCACGGCGGUCGGCAUUUGCCUGCUGCCGCUCGUGGCGCAGGCGCUGCUGUCGAGGUACGGCUGGCGCGGGGCCUUCCUCAUCAUGGGCUCGCUGAUCCUCAACUGCUGCGUGUGCGCCGCGCUCAUGCGGCCCGUGGCCGCCGUCGUCGCCGCCGGCGCCGUCGCCGGCGCCGCGACACCCUCCGAGGACGCUCGCCGGAAGAGCGGCCGCAGAGAGACGGGCUUGUGCUGCUGCUGCAUGGCGGAGCGGUGCGGUGAGAAGCCGGCCUCCGCGCUAGACGAGGCGGAGACGCUGGUGCGCAACGGCGGCGUGCCCGAUGGCCGGCGGGCCGCCCCCGGCACGAACCUGAACGGCGGAUUGUGCGGCUGCGGCGGAGCCGGCGGUUUAACCGACGCCACGUCGGGCACCGGCGGCAAGGAGCCCGUCGUGCCGCAGCUGAACGACGACGGGACCCGCGGCACCCACGGCACCCACGGCCCCGCGCCGCCGGACUUGACUUUGCGGUGCGGCGGCGGUGGAGGGGCGGACGACGCGGCGCGGCUUGCCCCGGCGAACGGGCACGGCCGCGCUCCCGCAGACGCGCCGAUCGGCGGGGAGGGAUCGCCGGGCGGCCGCGAGCGGUCGACGGCCCGCCGGCGCCUGGCCCGCGCCGCCGCCCGGGCCAACCUGGACCUGUUUGGCAACCCGCUGUACAGCAUCUUCGUGUUCGGCACCACGCUCAUGGUGCUGGGCUUCUUCGUGCCGGUCAUCUUCCUGGUGCCGUACGCCCAGUCCAUCGGCAUGAGCGACGAGGAGGCGGCCGCCCUCCUCUCCAUCAACGGCCUCAUCAACAUCUUCGGGCGCCCCGUGGCCGGCUGGGUGGGCGGCACAAAGAUGUUCAGGGGCCGCAGCGUGUACCUGUACAGCGGCGCCGCCUUCCUGAGCGGCGCCAACAACCUGCUGUGCGGCCUCUUGCGUGGCCGCGGGGCGCUGCUGGCGUUCUGCGUGUGCCACGGCCUCACGUGCAGCGUCGUCGGCGGCGUGGUCUUCACCGUCAUCGCCGAGUCCAUCCCCGCCGGGCGCUUUGCCGCCGCGCUAGGCCUCUUCACCGUGCUGGAGAGCGUCUCCUUCCUCGUGGGCCCGCCGGCCGCCGGCUUCCUGGUGGACUACACGGGCACGUACAGCGUCGUGUUCCUCACCUGCGGCGUCAUCGUCAUGGUCUCCACGUUGUUCAUGGGCGUCGCGACGUACUUCGUGCGACGACGCAACGCCGCCGCCGCCGCCGCGUCCGGCCGCCCCCCCGCUGGGAAGGAGCCGGCCACGUGCGCCGGCGCAGUGCCGGACGCCGACCGCAAAGAGAAGGAGGCCGUCGUUUGAGGGCAAAGAGAAGAGGGAAGGAGGCCGUCGUUUGAGGGCGUGCUCGCGGUCGCCGGCUACCGACCGGCGUUCGGGCGGGAAGCUCGUUACACGCGCCAAGCGCUCCUUGCCACGAGCGAGGACCGCCAGUGCCUCUUGUCAGGGAGCAUGAAGCGCCGUCACGCGAGCCCCGGUCAUCCUGGCCAGCCCGUCGAACGAAGACGGGCGCCGCGUCGUGCACUUUCAGACGCUCUUCGUUCUUCGAACGCGCUCUUCAUACCGAUAUUAGGAAGCCACUGGAGCAAUGUUGUUUUAAAUCAUCAUCUUGAUUGAUGAACUUUUUGAGAUCUGCUUUUUUGUGUUUAGUUUAGCUGUCCUUGCCCCCCCGCACCGCAGAUUAGCACGGCUGGCUACGUACGGUGUGAAGGAAGUUCAACCGCACUUACAACUGGGAGGUUUAGUGACCGGCCGAGACCUGAAAUCCGGUUAGGGGGUGCACCACGUGAAAGAGGUUUUUGGUUUCGGUUCGAAAACCUCUCCGUCCAAAGCGAACCUCGACGUGCCUCCCUGCUCUGGCACGGAGUAAGAAGGCGAUCGGGAGGUGGGGGGGGGGGGCCCGGGGGGGUGGCCCCAGAGCCGUUGGUGGAAAUUCCACGUUCCCAUGGUGGGAACGAGUCUCGUCCCAUGACAGGACAGCCCCCAUCGCCGCCCCCCCCCCCCCCCCCCCCCCGCGUUGAGCUGCUGAAGGAUGUCGGGCCGGGCUGGACCUCACUCGUGGACUUCAAUUCGGAACGUUCGUAGCUGUCCGGCACGCGCCGUGGGAAUGCUGUGGGGGGGGGGGGGCACAAUCACAUCUCACGGUGGCUAUGAGAUGUUAACUACCUCGCCUGGUAUGCAGGGAGUCGUGGGUUUGAUCCCGAUCCUGGCGCCUGCUGCUGUAUAUUUGGAGUUUGUGUCUCUCUCCGUGGUGAGAUGUUAACUACCUUGCCUGGUAUACAGGAGGUGGUGGGUUCGAACCCGACCCUGGCACCUGCUGCUGUAUAUUUGGAGUUUGCGUCUCUCUCUCUCCCCGUGGUCUCGCAGACUUUUCUCUGGGUCCUCCGGUUCUUCCCUCCCAGAUUUAGAAUCGAAAUGCGUUUAGAGUAUUUUGCUGCUAUAAAUCUCCACGUGAUAAGCAACUCCGUUGGGCUGUCACUCGUGAGGUCGCUUCUGAAAAAAGAGCUGUAUAGCUCCAGUGGGGCCUUACCUGGUAAAAUAACGAUUUUUUUCUUUUUUUUAGCAAUGGAGAAAAUGCAUGGCACAGGUGUGUUUUAUGAAUUUAGAACCCCGUUUAAAAAGCGUGAGAAUUGUAACAUCGGACAUUGCGAAAGAGUAGGCCAAAAAUUAUCUUCAAGAGAGUGCUCCGUAGAGCUCCCUGGAGCGGAGGCCCCUUUCUCCCAGCAGCGGCGAGAGAAAUUGCAGAGCUGCGCCUUUAACUUUAAAAUGUGCACAGUGCAGUCACGCGGAGAAGUGCGGGCAAUGCUUAGCAUCCGUAAUAGAGGUUUUUUUGGGGGUUAGAUCGCGUAAAUAUAAACGCGUCGUUAAACCCGCCAACACUCCGACACGGCCAAUUGCUAAGGUUUGUCACGUGAACAAAACGUGCCAAUUCGUUGCUAGUUCAGCACACCGGUUCGUAGGAGAGUAAACCCACAAUGCGUAGUAGUCCGGGGCGGGUGGUGCGAACCAGACCCUGAUUACGAAGUCACGGGGCAGCUGGCCUGAGCGAUGGAAUCGAGCAGGGCGCAAUGUGCUUAGUCACGAGGGCGCACGCAAGGUCACUCAGCCACCGUCCGCAUGCGCCGGUUAUCGCCGGCGAGGCUGCCAAGCGGUCCGCGUGCUUGCGUGGCUGUGGACACAGGCGGCCCACAUGCCCGCGGGGGUGAGCGGGGUGGGGGGUGGGGGGGAGAGGCGGUAGUGUAAGUGGCGGUUCACGUUUAAAGUGACGUUUUCUUGAACGGGGUGAGAACUCAAGAAGCCACGAUUCGUCUCACAAUUGCCAAGAGUGACCCGGAGCCAUCGGUCUGCCAGUCGGGGGCGGGCGGGCGGGUGGGUGUGAUGGGUGUGUAUGACGCGAUGCUGCUGUGUAAUCCCAAUCGAGUAAUUUUGCGGUUGUUUAGAGUUCGAAAUUGGCAAAUUUAGAAUCGUGAUCUUUAUUUUAUCCCGGAGAAAUCCGAUGAGUUAUGAAGCUAUUUUUUUUUGUCUCAGAUGUCCUAUAAAAUGUGUAACCUGGGGGGACCUUUAGCGUGCACGGCGGAGCGGGUGGCACGUAGUGCUAAUGCGGUUAAUGCACCCGCAGUACCAAUCGUUACGCGAGUUCGAUUCCUUGUCAGUUCGGUGGUGAAUAUCGGAAUCGUUCUGGUACGUGUACAAGGUCAACUAAACCUUGAAAACUAGGGGCGCUGGGGUGAACAGAUGUUAACUACCUCGCCUGGUAUGCAAGAGGUCGUGGGUUCGAUCCCGACCCUGACGCCUGCUGCUGUAUAUUUGGAGUUUGCGUGGUCGUGGGAUUUUUCUCCGGGUCCUCCGGUUUUUCCCUCCGCAUUUAGAAACAUCGUGCGUUUAGAGUAUUUGGUUGCGAUACAUUUCCACGUGGUGAUGAUGAUGAUGAGCCACUUCUAAGAGCUAUCAUUCGUGAAAGCCAGGUCGCUACUGACAAAGAGCUAUGUAGUAGCUCGGUUGAGUUUAUUUUUUUUUUUAGCACCGUGUUGCGGUGUGUAAGCAUCUGCAAUGGGGAGACAAAGGUGGCCGGGCGUGAUGCUGGCCACACCAAUUCCUCUUGUGCCAUACCGGCCUGAACAAGUGCUCACUAACAGGACUUGCCCCAAUAGCCUGUACGGCUAUGCGGGUGGUAUUUAUCAUGAAACCCGCGCGCUUGCCAAUGCUACUCUUCAGACAUAUCAUGGGUGAUGCUGCACCACGUUGUGGCUUGCACAAUCAACGGCACUCGCCAGAUUCCCGGACUCUAUGGAGAUGUCUUUCGGAAAUGUUAUUAUUGUUUUUUAAACGACUGAAAUAUUUUGUAAACGGCGCUUUUACAUGGUACGAAACACUAAAGCAAUACUGUAUCGGACUUGUUGCGAUAUCCACGCGUGUUAAAGAAUAACCCCCUCCCCGCCCUUAAUCAACUUUGCACAAAAGGAAACCAAUACUGCACUGCCAAUCGCUGAGAUUCCCGCUGUGAAAACGGAUUGCCAGUUCAGCUCUCCGUCCCAAUGGAAGUGUUCAACUUGACAUGGGGGAGAGGGGGGGGGGCAAUAACGACCUCUCCGUUACUUUUAGUUUUUUUCCGGUAAAGUCACGUAGGUAAAAAACUAAAUAAAUUUUACCCACGUGACUUUACCGAAAAAAACUUAAAGUAUGGAUCCUUGCAGUCACGAAAACUUCAAAUCUAGAAUUAGGGCCUCUCCUUUCUCCCGCUGUACGGCGACGGGGGUAGUCGAUCAUCGGUGUUUAUCCGUCCGCGUCGAGGUUUUGAUGAGCGAACAGGCGGAGGCGGCGGGUGGCUUCAGGAGUCUCCUGAAAUCCCAGGUGGCCAGGUGGGGGAAGAGGUCAGCGCGCUGAGCUGGCAACGGCUGCCGUGAGCCGUGGUCACCGAUGGCUGCAACAAUAACAAGCCCUAUGAGACCUCCUUUACCGGUGGCAAAAUAUAAUAGUAGGUUUUUACCCUUUCAACUGGUACAAAACUGACACCUUUAUACAAGGCAUCAUGUUUGCAAUAACCACAACACAAGCAGUCAAAAUGCAAACAAAAAGAAACAACGCUGAUAAUGAUGAUAUGCACUGUCCUUGAAAUUGAUUGGUCCACACCCGAGACAGCUUUCUUUAGAGCCUAGUCUCCAUUGGUGUUGGACCAGAUGACGCCAAAAGGCGUUGUUACUACAAUAACAAGUCCGUCGAAAUUAAUUUUGGCGACGAAAAUGCCAGCUCUGUCACGCGACGCACAUUAUUACUGCCUUGCGCGCAGCCGGGGUUGGAGAGUGCUGCUUACUACUCUGUGUGAACCAGAGGUCAGAUGAUUGAGGGCACCUCAGAAGUAGCUCUGUGGUGUCCGCCUCCCACCGGCGGUUUUCUGCUCCGUGCGAGAAUUCCGCAAUGGAUUAUCCGUCGUCUCGUGAGGUGGACGCCAGGAGCACAGUUGGGAUGAAGUCAGGGUGAAAAAUCAUGAUUAAUAACAAGCGCCUGGAACGCGUUUGGCCUGGCGCCACGGCUCGCCGCUGCCGGGCCUCGAGCGAGUCUCGAUGUCACAGCUCCCGUCGCUGAUCACGCUGGGACGGAUGUGAUGCACGUAACAUCGUAAUGUCACAGCAUUGUGAUGUCGCACUUCGUUACACGCAAAGUGUGCUCGUCGCAAACGAACCACAAUUACCUUGGCUAAUCUCGUCAAGGUGCGAUCGACCAUCACGUGAACUCCGCUCAUCCUCUUAGCAGCAGCAGCAGCAGCGGCGGCUUUUGGCUCGGCCGUCGAACAAAGACUGAGGUCACCCACCGCGUCGUCGCGCGGCGCUUUCAGAUGCGCUUCUGCGGCCGUCUGGAACGCUCUUCCCAAGGAAGCCACCGGGAGCUGUGCACUUUAAAAUCGUCGACAUUGACUCACUUCUUUAGAGCUGCUAAUUGCUGUUGUGUUUAGCUUGGUGUCCUCCCACCGCCCCGCACCUGCGAUUAGCCACGACCGGCCACGCGCGGUGUUCGACACCCGGACAAGUUGACGACCGUCGCCGCGUUAAACAAAUCCCACAUUGCACCGCCACAAAACCACCGAUGCGCCGAGGUGACCCGGCUCACGGCACUUGGCUGACCCACCCUGACUCGGGGGGGGAGGGGGCAGCGAAGUAAGCCGCACACCCCCCCCCCCCCCCCCGGAUUCGGUACGGUGGCACAAUGACUUCUCUGUACGGUGCUGCGGUGCUUAAUCUCCUUUUAAUUGACGUUUUGUGUAAACGGCCUGUAGCCGCCCCCCCCCCGUACACCGCUGCUCCACCGAGCGGCCGCUGUUGUUUCUUCUUGUUGUAUUCACUCCACGCGCCGGCCACUGGCAAUGGCAGUUGUAGCAAUGGGGGUCAAGUCUCUUCCACCCACCCCACAGCGCCUCUCGUCCAUCCAGCGGUGCGAUUGUCUGCGCCCGCGGUCGAUCGGCAGGUCACUGUUUAGUGGGGUUAAAGUGCGGGCAGGUCAGGUGGGGUGGGGUUAAAGUGCGGGCAGGUCACGUGGGGUCGGGUUAAAGUGCGGGCAGGUCACGUGGGGUGGGGUUAAAGUGUGGGCAGGUCACGUGGGGUCGGGUUAAAGUGCGGGCAGGUCACGUGGGGUCGGGUUAAAGUGGGGGCAGGUCACGUGGGGUGGGGUUAAAGUGUGGGCAGGUCACGUGUGGUGGGUUAAAGUGCGGGCAGGUCACGUGCGUUGAGUUAAAGUGCGGGCAGGUCACGUGGGGUGGGGUUAAAGUGUGGGCAGGUCACGUGGGGUGGGUUAAAGUGCGGGCAGGUCACGUGCGUUGGGGUAAAAGUGUGGGUAUCCCCCCGCCACCACGACCCCGCCCCACCUCUUCCACACGAGGUCUGGCUAGCUUAUAAGAGAAGGCUAAAAUAAUCUCUCUCCUCUCUCUUUCGUGAGCGGCCUCCGUCGGGCGCGGCGCAAAAAACGAGGCAUUCGCAGGGCUGCUCCUUUACCUUUCUACCUUGUGUCCCUGUGGGCCCGUGCGACAGUUUACAUUCGUGCAUCGACGCGUGGUUUUUUACGUGAAUUCAAGACAAACAAAUUAACCCGUAAAAACUAAGUUUUUCACUAUAAAUCCUUUAUAUGCGUGGCGGCUAGAGUCCUCUCGUCCUCUGGCUUGAGAUGGCUGCCACCUAUGGGUCAGAUGAUUGCAUUGCACCAUUAAGCAAUUGGUAAUUAAAUAUAAUAUUUUUGUCCUAAAAAGUGUAAAAUUUUGGAAAAAAAAUUUCACGAACAUUGUCACGCACAACGAGUCUGUGUGGAAAAUGUCAGCUCGAUUGGAUCACGGUAAGUGGGUUAAAAAACGACCACAAGAUUUGCACAGUCCUAAGCAAGCAAGCGAACUUAAUAUAAAGGAUUUAAAAAAAGGUGUUGACCUGUAAUGUGAACACCGUCCCGUGACUUUUGAUUACCCGACACUGAAUUUGACGGUGGAAGUGCUCAAACCGAGUCGUAUUUGCUCGCCCCGCUGUAUUGUGAGCCGUUUAUCGAUGUGGCAUUUUUGCCCGAAAUCAUAUUUAACCUUCGAAUGAAUUCCGAGUUUCGGGUGCGCGGAAUGAAAUGCGUACGUCGCUCCCAAAAAGAACACAAGAAUACUUUAGCGAGGAAUCACGUUCCGCGUCAAUCGCACGCGGUAGCUUGUGGUGAACAUGCAAACACAAACAUGCUCUGACAAUUCUAGAUUUGAAGCUUUCGUGACUGCAAGGAUCCAGACCCUUUGGUUCUUUCGGUAAAGUCACGUAGGUGAAAAAAUUAAAAACAUAAAAAAUAAAAACAUUAAAAUAAGAAUAACAUUUAAAUAAAAUAAAAAUAGAAAUGGCUAAAUUAAAUCACGACGUUUCGAUUGCAACACAAGCAAUCAUCAUCAGGUGUGGAAAUGGCUAAAUUAAAUCACGACGUUUCAAUCGAAACGUCGUGAUUGAAUUUAGUUAUUUUUUAUUUUAUAAUUUUUUCACCUACGUGACUUUACCGAAAGAGCCAAAGAGUAUGCUCUGACAAUAUGCUUUUACUUGAAUUGUCUUUGAAACCGAUUUGGCCUCGACCAGAGGUCGCAAACGGGUUUUGAUUCCUUACCCGUACCCAGCCGCAGCAGGGUCGCAAAUGGGUACCCGUUCCCUACCCGUACCCUACCCGAAAUGAGUGACAAACGGUGACUCACCAGUGACUCACGGCCUACCCGUACCCGGCCGCACCAGGGUAGCAAAUGGGUACCUGUACCCGGCCGGGUACGGGUACCCAUUCCCUACCCGUACCCUACCCGAAAUGAGUGACAAACGGUUACUCACCAGUGACUCACGGCCUACCCGUACCCGGCCGCACCAGGGUCGCAAAUGGGUACCCGUACCCGUACCCGGCCAGGUACGGGUAGCCGGGUAUCGGGUAGGGUACGGGUAUCGGGUACCCGGUUGCGACCUCUGGCCUCGACCGAAGACAGACUUCUCGAUGGCCUCGUCUCUCCACCACUGUUAGACCGGAUGACGACGACGACGACGACGCCGAAAGGCAAACAGCGGUUUGAACAUCUCAACACCGAUUUAAAGCUUUCGUGACUGCAGGGAUUCAUCUUCUUGGUUCUUUCGGUAAAGUCACGUAGAAGGGAAAUAUUUAUUUUUAUUUUAUAGUUUUAUUUUUUGUAUUUUAUGAUUUCCCUUCUACGUGACUUUACCGAAAGAACCAAUAAGAUCUUAACACCGGUUUCAUUGGCAGAAAGGGGCAAGACCUAUCUUAUUUUUUUUGACACUGGCAAAAAGGUAAUUGUGCGUGAAUUUCGAUUUCGCGAAGCGUCCUUUUUUUUAGAUGGUAAGGAACCAAAAAAAAAGACGUGAGUCCGAUUUUUAACCGCGUUAUAUCACUUUAAUUUAAAGAGAGCUGCACUAUACAAAACGUAUUUUUGAAAUGACUUGUUUUGUACUUUUUACAAACAAUGCGGUCAAUGUGUUUGUAUUUGCACAUACGUCACUGGAAGUUCCUGAAUUGUUUCGAGAAUGUCAUAAAAAAUGCCUUUGUCGGCAUCACAAA